AUGGGCUUCAUCGGUGAGCUGGGCGCCAUGACGCUGGAGCUGCGCUACCUGGCCGCUCUCACCACCAACCAGACCGCCCAAUCGGACUGGAACGCCGUCCUCGAGCAUCUUCGAAAGCUGGUGAGCAGCAGCUCGUCCAACGGCCUGUACCUGCUGACUUUGGAGAGCGCCUUUGCGAUUCAGUCCCGGCUGGCGUCGCUCUCCAACGACGCCCACCACUUCUUCGGCUAUCUGGUGCGCUCCAGCAAGCAGACGGCGGGCGGCGACUUGCAGGCGAUGGGCAUGCUGGCGGAGGGGCUGGCGGCGGCGCGGCGGCACGGCGUCCUCGUGGAGAACGCCACCAGCGGCCUGGUCACUGUGGAGGACGUCGACUACGCUGCCCGCGCCGGGGAGGGCAUCAUGAAGGUGGGCGCCUGUCAGCUGGCGUCCACGCUGGCGCUGGCUGGUAAGAUCAGGCUGGCGGAGGCGCUGGUGGAGAGCUGCGUGAAGCUGCACUUGAACGUGCCGACGACGGCUGCUGCUGGAAAUCACUCUUCGAGCAAUGCCACCACCACCGCCUCUUCCAUCGUUCCCCAUGGCCUUCCAGCGGCUGAGGUGGUCUUCCGCGGCACGGCCGGCCGCGACAUUGACCGCCGAGGCGUGCUCAGUCCCGAGCUGGCCGAGUCGUACUUCACCCUCUGGCGGCUGACGCGCAAGCCGCUAUGGCGUGCCCGGGCCUGGAAUCUGGUGCUGGCGAUCAACGCCACCGCUCGGGUCGGCUUCGGCAGCGGGGGGACGGGUUUCAGCGAGGUGGCCAAUGUCGACUACGAGGACAACCGCCUGACCGACUACCAGCCGGCGGAGUUCCUCGGCGCCACGCUCAAGUACCUCUACCUGACUUUCAGCGACUUUGGCACGCUGCCGCUGGAUCGGUGGGUCUUCAACGCCGUCGGCCAGCCGCUGCCCGUCUGCGGCACUGGGCCUGCCUAUCCAAAGUGCUGA